AUGUAUGAACCCCGGUACUACGAUAGCCCCCCUGUGUACAGCCCGCCUUACAGCACUAACUCCCACAGCUUCUAUCCCCCAAGGAGCAUCCACUCCCCCCAGAGCCAGUAUGUCUCCUACACCCACACUGUCCCCGCAGACUCACACUACAUCGAGGAGAAGCCUCAACACUUCUACCGCUGGUUUUCUCCUCCUGGCUUCGUCAAAACCUUCCAAGGAGCUACAGUACUCAUGUGUUUCCUCAUCUUCGCCUGCGUGGCUUCGACGUUGGUGUGGGACAUGAACGGAUUUGGGUACGGGGGCUACGGUGUGGGGGCAACAGGGGGUGUUGCAGGGAUGGAGUCGGGAUAUUAUGGAGGCAGCUACGGCUACGGGAGCUCGUAUAUGACGCCACAGUCUGCCAAGUCGGCGAUGAUUUCCAUGGCGGCCAUUAACUUCCUGGUUUCACUGGGCUUCCUGGUGGGGAGUUUCUCACGGUCACGGAUCAUGAGGGGAUGCAGGUUCUACCUCACUGUGUUCAUUUGUGAUAUCAUCUUAGCUGUCCUCCAGGGCAUCAUCGACAUCAUCUUUGUGAUCGGGGUGAACCCGAUGUCUCAGAGCUCGCAGAGCAUGCUGUACAAUCCCAUGCUGAUGAUGUGUCAGAACAUCCAGGGCAGUCCCAGCCUCAGCGGCAGCGUGGGGGCCGGUUUUCCAGGCGGCUUCCCCAUGUACAAUCAAUACCUGCACCACUACUGCUACAUGGACCCAGAGGAGGCGGUGGCGUUAGUGUUGGGUCUAAUGGUGGUGUUGGCUCUGUCCCUGUCUGCUUACUUCGCCUACAAGACCCGCAGCAAGAUUUGGCGCCAUGGCAAAGCUAACAUCUACUGGGACACGCCCCUGGUCAGGUCUUCAGAGGGCCAGGAUGUACAGGACUGGGUGAACCAUGUUGGAGAGGUACGCAGCACCCAGCAUGCACCAACUGUUGUUGUAUCAGAGAGAGCAGCACCCGACCUGAGGGUGGAGAACAGUGUGGUCUCCUAUGGCAACGGGACCGUCAGCAUCCACAGUGAGAGAAAUUAUAAAAACCACAGUUUCUCUGCUGACAACAGUAAUUAUCGGGGUGCACAGCCUCUGUGCCAGAACAGCAAGGUCACAAAUUGCUCCAGCAGCUCGUCAGACGAGACUGACAGCCUCAGGAAACCUCCUCCUUAUCAUGUGGAGAAGCAUCAGAGGAAGGGCCGAGAGCCCAGGCCUGCUGCUCGGGAGAUGAUGGAGUCCCCGUAUGAAACUGGUUACACCACCGGAGACACUGGCAAUGAGCUGGACCGGGACCACACAGAUUACCUCUACAGACUGUACCCAGAGAUAACUUCAGAUGAGCAGCGCUGGCAGUACAAGAAAGAGUUUGACUCCGAUCUGGCUCGCUAUAAGAGCCUCUGUGCUGAAAUGGAUGACAUCAGUGACCAGAUGCACAAGCUGAGCCGAGAACUAGACAUGUUGGACGAGGGCUCCAUGAAGUACCAGGGUGUGGCAGACGAGUAUAACCGACUCAAAGACCUGAAAACGACGUCGGACUAUCAAGCAAAGAAGAAGCAGUGCAAAGAACUUCGGCAAAAACUUUUCCACAUCAAGCGUCUGGUGAAAAUCUUUGACCAAGGCCUUUGUUAGUGGGUCUUAAUAGUCUGUCCAAACAGCCGAGGAUGAACACUGACAGGGUGUGACCUGGCUAAAGAAAGGGAAUGGAUUUAUCCUCCAUUUUCUUUCCAGUUUCACUGCUUUUCUGUUUGAAUUGUAACAGUUGAGCUCAACAUGGCUGUCCUUACAUUCACUGAACCUCAACUGUUUUUGACCCUAAUGUUUACAACUUCUGUAUUACUUUGGCAACUGUAAGAGUGGAUCACGGUCAGAAGGAGCU